AUGCUUGUGAAUUUCGCCCAAAUAAGUAAAAGCUGCGCUCGGAGUCUUUUGAUAGUAUUGAAUGGGUGUUGCAUUCUCUUGGCUCUAUGUACCCUGAUUUUCGCGGUGGUGGACACGAAAAUCGUGAAGCAGUAUGGAGAGGAGCGUGCGAGUGGAACCUUCGUUGGAGACAUCAUCAUCAGCGUGGCCUGCCUAUUAUUGAUAUCGGUAUCGGCCUUGGGAUCGAUCGGCGCUGUCAAGGGGAACAUCAAAGUCCUUUAUAUCUACAUCGGAUUGCUGAUGAUACUUGUUGUGGUGGAAAUGCUGAUCGCUAUUUACGUGUCUGUGGAGAGGUACAGUCUCGAGUUCAGGGUGUCAGAUUGGCUGAGGGAAGACUUCUUUCGUAACACCACAGAUGAAGAUGUAAUUCAUCUUAAACUGUGGGAUGAUUUGCAAAUGACAUAUGAAUGCUGUGGUCUAAAUGGGCCAGAAGAUUACGCUGCUAUACAGCACCAUAUACGACUCUCAUGCUGUCCACGAGCUUAUCGCGCCAGGACCCCUUAUGCACAACAGCAGUUGUAUAAAACAUGCAUCGAAACAGCCAGUUAUUACACGGAGGGCUGUGAAGACGAGAUCAGAAAUAUUUUACGAUCAGACGCUGACUGGCUCGUCGGUGUUGCAGUUACUUCCUUCUGGUUUGAGGCUGCCGGGAUGCUCCUGGCCAUGUGGGUCGCCAACAACGCCAGAGACGCUGUUCACGUCUACAAGGGCGCCCCUAGAUUUUAG